AGGUGCCUUCGUAGGUCAAACCGGGUUCGGAUGCCACCGCCUAACCGGUAUCCGUUAAACCUGUUAAAUCGGGAUAUCCCUGAGGAGUGCUUGGUUACGGAAACUCCUCCUUCGCGGGAUGCCGCCGCAGGCCCUCGUAGAAGAGGAAGACCGUGCAAGAAACGCGAUGAGGAUACUGUCGCUACGGCUGCCAUCGUAGCCCCAUCCGGGAAAAGGAGAUUGCCUGAGAAAUGGGAUGAGAUUCCAGUCCAGGUAUCCCCUGAAGCGCCGAAAAGAGCGAAAACUCUCCUAGAGCGGCCCUUAGGUGGUGACAAAACUGGCCUUCGUAGGUCAGCCCGGGUCCGGAUGGCACCAGCUAACCGAUACCCCUUUAUUAUUCUUGUACAUACAAAAAGGGAAUUAAACUUAAUUAAUCGGGGUAUCUCCGAUGAGUACCUGGUAAGUGCGAUCAGUGACAUGGAAUAUUUUAAAUUAUUCAUAAUUUUUGAAGAUUACAAUGUUUUACAAAAUUCACUUUUGUGUUUCAAAUAAAACCGCAAAACGCGGGUGGAAAUGCUGGAGGGCGGUACCGUUCGAUUGCAUGAUUCAUGAAUUUUCAGUAGCCAUGAGUCAAUUGA